GAGAGGGCUCGAAUCUGACAUUACCCCAAAUAUUAUAUAAAACACAGAAGAAGACUCUCGCAGUGAAGGGGUUGGUUCGGAGCGGUGAUAUUUGCUGAAAUUCAAGUGUUAAUAGGGUUCCUCCUCUGUCAAAGUGGAUCGACCACACCCCCCAAGUGGCAGAAAUUCAACGAAACGGAGAGCAGUGAGUGAGAGGCUGAAAUGUGCUGUGUCUCUGGAGGAGCUGAUCAUGUUCUCAGUGGCUUAGGGACCCUCUUCCUGAUGACAUGACCCACUGACUGCUCUGGGCGCCCUGUGUGUGAGUGUGUGUGAGUGUGUGUGUGUGAGUGUGAGUCUGUGUGAGAAGGGGAGAGAGACAGUGAAACCAAACGCCAUGGUGUUCAUUUGGGGGCUGGUGCUUCUCACCUUGUUGCCGGUUGCGAUGGAGAAGGGCAGCGCCAGCCACACCGACAGGCAGCACCAGCAGCCCCCGGCACAGAGCAAGAAGCAGGGAAGCCGACCAGAAAGUAAAAGAUCUGAUUCAACCAAAGCCCAUUUAACAAAGUCAGAACAGCUCCUUCGAAUAGAUGACCAUGAUUUUUCGAUGCGACCUGGAUUUGGAGGUCCAGCAGUACCUGUUGGUAUAGAUGUACAGAUCGAAAGCAUCGACAGUAUUUCUGAAGUUGAUAUGGACUUUACAAUGACAUUAUAUUUGAGACAUUACUGGAAGGAUGAGAGGCUUACCUUUCCAAGCUCCAACAACAGAAGCAUGACAUUUGAUGGAAGAUUAGCCAAAAAAAUCUGGAUUCCAGAUGUAUUCUUCGUCCACUCAAAAAGAUCUUUCAUACAUGACACAACGAUGGAGAACGUCAUGCUGAGGGUGUAUCCAAAUGGCAAUAUCCUCUAUAGUCUAAGGAUAACAGUGACUUCCAUGUGCUCAAUGGAUUUUAGCAGGUUUCCUCUUGAUACUCAAAACUGCUCACUUGAACUUGAAAGUUAUGCUUACAAUGAAAAGGAUCUAAUGCUCUUUUGGAAGAAUGGAAACAAAUCACUGACGACAGAUGACCAGAUCUUACUUUCUCAGUUUUUCAUAAAAGAAUUUCGUGCAUCAAAUGGACUGGCCUUAUAUAGCAGCACUGGAUGGUACAAUAGAUUGUUCAUAAAUUUCAUCCUGAGGAGGCACAUAUUCUUUUUUCUUUUACAAACUUAUUUUCCGACCAUGUUAAUGGUUAUGCUUUCCUGGGUCUCCUUCUGGAUUGACAGACGAGCGGUUCCAGCUCGGGUAUCACUGGGAAUAACAAUUAUUCUGACAAUGUCAACAAUUAUAACCGGUGUGAAUGCAUCCAUGCCACGGGUCUCUUACGUGAAAGCUGUGGACAUCUACCUGUGGGUCAGCUUUCUCUUUGUUUUCCUUUCUAUCAUUGAAUAUGCAGCUGUAAAUUACCUUACUACUGUUGAAGAACGAAAAAGAAUGAAGCACAGAGAAAAGUUUCCAGAAUCCUUUUCGUUGAAUCAGACGCAGAACAUGGCUUUUGACGGCUGCUACCACGAUAGUCAAGUUGACCUGUCAGACUAUGGAGAAUCUCACUUAAAUGUGUCAAAUGUUGAAACAAGAGAGCGUACACCUUGCGCAAAUCUGGGUGGGCAAUCACUGAGGAGGACGAAAUCUAUGAAAGAAAAUGUCAUCGAAAUAAUUAUAAAGAGCAAUCAUGCUAUCGAUUCUUAUUCAAGGAUUCUGUUUCCUGCAGCAUUUAUUGUGUUCAAUGUUAUUUACUGGGGUAUAUUUUCAUAAAGCAUGUAGCCACUGUCAACCUUUUUAUUAUAACUUCUGAAUUGUACAUUUUGAAUAUUAUGUUUAAUGAUAGGUUUCAUUGCUGUAAGUACUGUCAGCCUUUAUAAUUUAACUUCUGAACUGUAUAUACUGUAUUGUGAACAUUUUGCCUAACAUACUGGAUAUCAAUUGAAAAGACUGUACAGGAAGAGGAAAAUGUCUAGACUUUUUAAGAUCUUUGUCUUUCCAACUGAGAUGAUGUUUUACUCAUUCAA